CAUGGCCCGGCGCUACGCACGGCGGAGCCGGUCCGGCCCCGCGGAGCCGCUCCCGGAUGCCCCCGUUCCAGUGGUGCCACGGGUGCUCCUGCAGUCUGGGGCUGAUUUACACCAGUAAACCCUGCACGAUGCCCCCCAUCACAUUCCAGGACCUGCCACUCAACAUCUACAUGAUCAUUUUUGGCACCGGCAUCUUUGUCUUCGUGCUCAGCCUCAUCUUCUGCUGCUACUUCAUCAGCAAACUGCGGCACCAGGCACAGAGUGAGAGAUUUGGGUACAAGGAGGUGGUUUUGAAAGGUGAUGCCCGGAGGCUGAAUGUGCAUGGGCAGACCUGUGCCGUCUGUCUGGAGGACUUCAAGGUGAAGGAGGAGCUGGGGGUGCUGCCGUGCCAGCACGCCUUCCACCGAAAGUGCCUGGUGAAGUGGCUGGAAGUGCGCUGCGUGUGCCCCAUGUGCAACAAACCAAUGGCAGGUCCAGCCCAGCCCCACGCCAGCAUCGGCACUCUGCUGGAUGAAAUGGUGUGAGCGGCCCCGCCGGUUUUCGCAGGAAAAUGAAAGCUUAAUCCUGAAGGAUUUGGGGUUUGUGAGCCGGGGUUUGGCUCACGGUGCGUCGCUUUGUUUCGGGAGGGGGGGGGAGGUAGGAGGUGUUUGUUUGUACCCCAGUGUGCUCUGCAGGGACCGCCUGGGUGGAGCUGAGUUGCUCCGCGCUCAGAGCGUUCUGUACCCCAGCCCUCCGGACUCUCAGCCUCCCCCCCUUUUGGGGGAGAAAUGUACAGGUUUGCGUAAAACAGAUUAAACGGAUGUUUGUCA